GGAGACCCAGCCCUGGCAUUCCCAAGUGUCCCCAUUUGGUGAUCAGGACUGAACACAGAGACUCACCAUGGAGUCUCGGCUGAGCUGGGUUUUCCUUGUUGUUCUGUUACAAGGUGUCCAGUGUGAGGUGCAGCUGCUGGAGUCUGGGGGAGGCUUGGUCCUGCCUGGGGGUUCCCUGCGACUCUCCUGUGCUGCCUCUGGAUUCACCUUCAGCAGCUAUGAUAUGAACUGGAUUCGCCAGGCUCCAGGGAAGGGGCUGGAGUGGGUCUCAUACAUUACUACUGGUGGUGGUAGCACAUACUACGCAGACGCUGUGAAGGGCCGAUUCACCAUCUCCAGAGACAACAGCAAGAACUUACUAUAUCUGCAAAUGAACAGUCUGAAAGCUGAGGACACGGCUAUGUACUACUGUGCUAGAGACACAGUGAGGGGACCUCAGUGUGUCCAGUGCAAUGUGCAACUGGUGGAGUCUGGGGGAGGCUUGGUUCAGCCUGGGGGUUCCCUGACACUCUCCUGUGCAGCCUCCAGAUUCACCUUCAGCAGCUAUGCCAUGAGCUGGUUCCGCCAGGCUCCUGGAAAAGGGAUGGAGUGGGUGGCACUUAUAAGGAAUGAUGGUAGCACAUACUAUGCAGACGCCGUGAAGAGCGAAUUCACCAUCUCCAGAGACAAUGCCAAGAACAAGCUCUAUCUGCAAAUGAACAGUCUGAGAGCCGAGGACACAGCCCUGUACUACUGUGCUAGAGACACAGUGAAGGGACAUCAGCAUGAACCCAGACACAAACCUCCUCCUGCAGGGACAUGUGGGGCCAUGAGGGGGGAGUGUGAGACCCUGGAAGCCUAA